CUUGUACAUAUCCUUACUGACUCGUGUGACUGACUGACUGACUGAAUGGUGGAUGAGACGUUACACACAUACAUACAUCCCUACAUACAAAUUUGUAAGGCUACUUGCUCAGUGCUGGCAGGCACCACCCCGGCGCCACCCAUUCACUCGUUCACCCCCCAUGCACACUCAUGGACGCACCGCACCCAUCAGUCCAUUCACAGAGAUGGUGAGCGACACUCACGCACUCACCCACUCACUCACUGUCCGUAUCUGUCUGUCUGUCUGUCUAUGUACAAGCCCGCCAGCCCGCAUAUUGGAGGCGUGCGGUGUGUCUGGAGUGUCAGUCAGGAUACGUUGUGCUCUACAAACUUUGGUACGGCCUUCUCGACCAACACAUCCACCAACUCAUCCUCGUACACUGGCUUGGGCACCUGAACACAACACACACAACGCACAACAAGCAACAUGUGCACCCUCGUCGGCUGUGCAUGGCUGCCUGGCUGUCCCCUGACCUGCACGAUUUGGCUGAGUUCGUGUAGGUAGACCUUUGGCACCUCAACGACGUUCUCAACAAUCUUGGUCUCCACCUGACACACACCAGACAGACAGACAGACGACAUGCAUGCAGCUGUGACUUAUAUCCCAGGUCCUUGGUAUCUCCCUCUCUGUGGUCAUUCCUCUCCUGUCAGUCACCUUUGGCACCGUGACUAUCUUCUGAAUGGGUUUCUCGAUGACCAGCGUGUGAGGCACCUCCACAAUCUUCUCCACAUACUGCACACACCACACACCCACGCCAGCAACAAUGCAGGCCCCGCCACCUAGGGCCCCGUCUAUGUGUGCCGCACCUUGGUCUCACGCACCGGCACCAACUUGACUUUCUGUCGGAGACAAUCCCAGGCAGACAGGCAGGCAGGCAGGCAGGCAAGCAUGUUGUCCUGCGUACCUCGACGGGGACUUCGACGACUUCAAUUUUGGGCACCGACUUGACGACCUCCUCCACCUGGGGCACCACGACGGGCCGGUCCACGGUCACCACCUCCUUGACAUACUCGUACCUAAGACACACGACAACAUACACACAACAUCGACACGAAUGGAUGUCUUGUCCUUCCCUCCUGACUGCGGCCCACCCCACCUGGGGACGACUUUGAGAGUCGGUUUGGGUAUGAUCUUUGUUUCGUAUUGUAUGUCGAGCUUGGGUACCUCCUUGAUGACCUCCUCGUCAACGUGGCGCUCUAUGAUGCGGUCCACAGUCUGCACUAUCGGCACCUCCACCACACGCUCAACAUACUCUGAUGGAAACAACCACCCGCCAACACACCACAGCACCUAGGGGUACAGAGCUGCAACCAUUCAUUUGUCAUGUGUGUUGGAUGCCUAUAGCCUCCACUCACCGUAUACGGGCUUGCGGACCUCACGCACAACGUACUUCCGCUGGCAACGAAAAGAACACCACAACACAUGGACACGGACGUGUGAUGGCUGGGAUGUUGUCGGAUCUGCAGCAAGGUACCUCCACCCUCAGGUUAUGGACCUCAUCCCGCGCAGGGGCAUCUGACGCCAUCGCACACCGCCCCAAAUCCAAAAAAAACAAA